GCAGUUGCUCCUCGGGGUCUGCCGGCCUCCGGGGGGGGGUUCCGCCAGCGGCGCCCGCCGCUGCUGGGCCGGGCCGGGUCGGGUCGGGUCGGCGCCAUGUUCACCAGUACCGGUUCCAACGGGCUCUAUAAAGCACCUUUGUCAAAGAGUCUGUUAUUAGUCCCAAGUGCCAUCUCAAUUCUACUGACUCUGCUCUUCCAACAUUACCAGAAGUUCUUUGCAUAUAACCUACAAGCUAUAAAAGAGGAUUUUCAGAUUUGGAGACUUGUAUGUGGAAGAACAAUAUGUCUUGAUCUGAAAGAUACAUUCUGCAGCAGUCUGCUAAUUUACAACUUUAGAAUAUUUGAAAGAAGAUAUGGCAGCAGAAAAUUCUCAUCCUUUUUAUUGGGUGCUUGGAUGCUCUCAGCCUUGUUUGAUCUUCUCCUUGUAGAAAUCACUCAGUAUAUAUUUGGCAUCACCAUCAACAGCUUACCUUCUGGUUUCUUGGGUCCUGUGUUUGCUCUGUUUGUACCAUUUUAUUCCUCCAUUCCAAGAGUGCAGGUGACACAAGUAUUAGGCCACUUUUCUAUCACAAACAAGACAUUGGUCUAUAUACUAGGUUUACAGCUCUUAACCUCUGGUUCCUACAUCUGGAUUUUAGCCUUAAGUGGACUGGUUUCUGGGAUUUGUUACAACAGCAGUAUAUUAAAAGUUCAUCGAAUCCUUUGUGUACCCACCUGGGUAGCAAAGAUAUUUUCUUGGACUCUUGAGCCAAUCUUCUCCUCUGCGGAACCAACCAACGAGGUUCGUGUGGGAAUGGGAGCAACAGUUGACAUCCAGAGGCAGCAGAGAAUGGAAUUACUGGAUCGUCAAAUCAUGAUGUCUCAGGUUGCCCAAAUGAGGCGGCAGAGGCAGCAGCAGGGUGGGAUGAUAAACUGGAACAGACUGUUUCCUCCUUUACGUCACAGACAUAACGCGAAUUAUCAAGAUCAUCGCCCCUCUGAACAAGACAUACCUCCACCUACUGAGGUUUCUGAAGAGCAGGUUGCACGACUUAUGGAAAUGGGAUUUUCCAGAGGAGAUGCUCUAGAAGCUCUGAGGGCUUCAAAUAAUGACUUAAAUGUAGCCACUAAUUUUCUACUGCAGCACUGAUGGUUUUCUGUGUGAAGGAACUUCUCGUGAUGGGUUUGUACACGUCCGAAAGAGGAUCAAGGCCACCUGCUGGACAGACUGACAGGGAUCGUUCCCCCAAGAGCAUCAGGAAGGAGGAACUGGGCUUCUCAUGACUGGUGAUUCAAAGUGAUGUUAAUGAAUGACAUGAGCUGUUCCCAAGCCUUCAGAUCACUUGUGUCUAGUCUGGUUUUCCUUUUCAUAGUAACUUUAGUUUCUUCUUGUUACUGGAUAUCACCGAAAUCUAUUUUUAAAAUAAAGUAGGUGGGUUUUUUUCUUGUAAAUCCUUGUUAGACAUGUUAUCAGGAUUAAUGACUAGGAAAAGAAGCUCCAACAACUGCAACAACUAGACUUACCUAUGAAGAAAAAUAAUAUUUUUUCAUUUACCAGUCUAAUUUUUCUGUCUUACAUGUGAUUUUGCGGUUACAUGAUUUCUGAUUACAGUAAUAAGAGGUUUGAAAAUCACUUCAACUCAGUAAAGGCUUAUGGGACUACUGUGACAUUCUUCAGAAAGUUUUAUUAAUGCCUGUAAUAUUUUCUUUCUUGAAUUCCUUUUAAAAUAAAAGUUGUCAUUCAGCACAUAAUGCACAGAUAGGAUGCGAGAAAAUUCGUGUGCGUAUUGCAGCCAAUGGUAAGUGACCACUGUAUAUUUAAGUUUUACAAACUGAGUAAAUUGCUGUUCAGGUGCAGGACAUAAAGAUGCUCAGUGGAAGCAAUAGAGGUGAAUCAAGCGAUACAAUAAGAUCAAAACUGAAAUUACUAGAAUGACUUCUGUGUCUGGUUCAGACAGACUUCUUUUGUUUUGGAUGUAUGCUCAGUGACCUAUUUGCUGGUUUCAUUUUUUGAGCUGGCUACAUACUCUCUUGAAAGAAAAUGAUGAAAAGAUAACUUUAUAUAAAAGUUCUAGUUUUCUACUGUUAUAGAUGUGGAUCACCCUGCAUUUGCUGAAUCCUCACUGUCUGAAGCAACUUAUUGUUGAUCACGGACUAGAAAAUUAACAUUAAAGGUGACUCAGGCUAACACAGGAGGUCAUAGGACACUGAUGCUAAGGUUGUACAAUGUUCUAUUUGGGUCUGGAAGUUUAGGUUGAUAAAUAAGCUUACUUGGCUUGACUCUAGGAAGUGCUCAGUAUUAGCACCUUAGGAGUUUCAGGAGGUGGAGUUGAGAGAGGGGAACAUCUCUGUGAAACCAAGCUGAAGUAAUAUGGAAUUCCAGGCUGGGACUCCUUGAAGCCAAUCUACUCAUGUAUCUCCAGCAUUUAAUGUAUGUUUCUGCAUGUAUUUUCUUUUGUACAUUGUGUGUGUAUAUGUAUGUGUCUAUUUGUAAACACACAGGCAUUUUAAAUACAUACAUACAUUAGGUGUAAGAACGAGGUCAUCAGAAGCAUAGCAAAGGCAGUAGCAUGUGCAAAGGGGAGGAGGUGAGAGGAUGCAGGAGAGAGAAGGAUGUUUUGAAUAUCCAGGUGAACAUGUAUGUUCCAAAGCACAGUUCCUACAUAGUCUCACUUGGCCUGGAAAAUACAACAGGAAAUUACAGGACAAGGUUUAGGGAAAUAUCUCUCUUUUUUUUUUUUUUUUUUUAAUUGACUGGUGAAGCUGAAAAAAGUCAUUCAGGCAUACAACUCCUUACCCAGAAAUUACAUCAGUUUUGUGCAACUUUUGGCACGACAUGGUGUUUAACAAAGCCAAUGUCCUGUAUGUAUUUUUUAGUGUUUUCCAACGGGUAGAACAGGUAGAAUAGGGGUUGGGUGUUUUUUAGUGACUGUGUGUUUUCCUGGGUUUACACCAACCUCCUUCAGGGCUUGGCUUGCUGCUAUGAUCACAUUAUGUAGGCAGGUUCUGCUUUUUUACUGAAAGCUUUUGGUUUUGUGAAGCUGAGUGGUUCUGUGUGUGGAGGCUUGGGACGUUUCUGUACCCAAAGAACUCCUGAAGCCUGAUGUCUUACAAAGGAAAGGGCAAAUGUAAGAAAAAAAGCCCUACAAUAAUCUGUAUAUGCAAACUAGUUAAAUGCUUUGAAACCAGUACAGGUUUUAAUUUUGAAACAGACAGAUUCUUCCAUCACAAAUAUUUUCUUAAAAGUAGCAAUAAAGACUAGUGGGUUACUGAAGAAGUCAAAUUUUAUCUGUAGGAAAUAAAGGUCCACCCAGCCCAGGGUAAAUUAAAUAUGAACUGUACCCUUUCAGGCAUCCCCCUGCUCUAGAGAUGAGCACAAAGAGCAUCUAUUCCUUGGAAUUUUAAAACAUGUCAAGUGGCACCUGGGACAUGUAAGUGGAUAUUCUCCAGGUCUAAAUACUUUCUUACUUUUGUCUAUACAAGGAGUAUCCAAAUGUCACGUUUGUUUGGAGAACCCCAUUUUGCUGGGCAUUCUGCAGAACAUCAAACAUAAAGGGUAAAAUUCAGGUCUUGGUGAUGUCAGUUGAAAACUCCCCUUGGCAUCUGUGAGAAUAGUUUGUGGUAAAAAUGCUUCCAGGAUGUGAUUUCCAGUUA